UCUGAGCCAAGCGUUUUUGAAACAAAUAAUGAUGAGUUUUUCUGAAAUAGUUCACGUGACGUUUAAAUGUUGACAUGAAUUUCCAAAAGCAUACUAUACUUAUUUUAAGACGAUCAUAUUGUACAAAGAAAAAGAGACCCUUUUUUGACAAGCUGCGUAUUUAUGUGAGGGGCGGAGCAGGGGGUCAAGGUUACCCGAAAUUUGGUGGUAUUGGUGGAAAAGGCGGAGAUGUUAUGAUUCGGGCCCAUGAAAAGUCAACGCUAGAGAAAAUUGUCACCAUUAACCCAUUGAAAAGAUUUACGGCAGCUUCAGGGGGCAACAGUUCGAGGAAGAUAUUGCUUGGAUCAUCUGGAGAGCCACAUAUUAUUCCUGUUCCUCUCGGUGUUACAAUCUCAACUGAUGAAGGACGUGUGAUUGGUGACCUGAAUGUUGAGGGGGAUGAGGUUGUGGUGGCAAAUGGCGGAGCACCUGGAAGCCCUGAGAAUGAUUACCUGGGACGUAAAGGAGAAGCCAUGUCAUUGGUCCUAGAUCUCAAACUCAUUGCUGACAUUGGUCUGGUUGGGUUUCCCAAUGCGGGUAAAUCUACAUUUUUGACCACCAUAUCCAGGGCCAGCCCUAAGAUUGCUGCAUACCCUUUCACAACUCUACGUCCCCAGAUUGGCACCAUGAUGUACCCUGAUCAUAGACAGAUCACAGUAGCUGACCUGCCCGGUUUGAUCGAGGGUGCUCACCUCAACUAUGGUAUGGGCCACAAGUUCCUGAAGCACGUGGAACGCACCAAGAUGUUGCUGUUCAUGGUCGACAUCAACGGAUUCCAGCUCAGUCAGGAUUACAUUUUCCGCAAUGCCUUUGAAACAAUUCUUCUGCUUAAUAAGGAAUUAGAGCUGUACAAUAAAGAUCUCCUCCACAAGCCAGCUGUGAUAGCUCUAAACAAGAUCGAUACUGACCGGUCUGGCAAGCUCACCGACAGCAUUAUAGACAAGAUCAAACAUAUGCCAGAGUUGGUUUCGGACGUUGAUGAAAAAUUGCGGCCAAAGAAUUUGAUCCGUUUCCGAGAAGUGUACAAAAUCUCCACAAAGCACAAAAUUAACACAGAAACCAUGAAAGAAAGACUCAGAGCUUUACUGGAUGUGUUUUAUGAACAGCAAAGAUCUGCUUUAGCCAAGGAGCGGUCUAGAGAGUUGAGCAAACUGCAGAAUGUUUUAGGCCAAGAACAGCUGAAUAAAAAAAUUGUGUAAAGUCUUCAAAUAUACUCUUUUUAAUGAUUAUUGACUCAUGUUUGUUUUGUGAUAGUUAAUUGUUUUAUGAUGAAUAAACAUUUUAAUGACAAUGGUAAGUUUUGUAAAAACAUAUGGUUAACUAUUUUUGUACAUCACAAUCUGUAUCUAUGUCUGAUAAAACGUUUUUUCAAACACAAUCAUUUUGAAAAGUUCUUCAUAGCUAGCCAUGGAACUAUGCAUUGAUCCACUUCAUAGCUAGCCAUGGAACUAUGCAUUGAUCCACUUCAUAGCUAACCAUGGAACUAUGCAUUGAUCCACUUCAUAGCUAGCCAUGGAACUAUGCAUUGAUCCACUUCAUAGCUAACCAUGGAUCCACUUCAUAGCUAACCAUGGAACUAUGCAUUGAUCCACUUCAUAGCUAGCCAUGGAACUAUGCAUUGACCCACUUCAUAGCUAACCAUGGAACUAUGCAUUGAUCCACUUCAUAGCUAGCCAUGGAACUAUGCAUUGAUCCACUUCAUAGCUAACCAUGGAUCCACUGCAUAGCUAACCAUGGAACAAUGCAUUGAUCUACUUCAUAGCUAGCCAUGGAACUUUGCAUUGAUCCACUUCAUAGCUAAUAAUGGAUCUAUGCAUUGAUCCACUUCAUAGCUAAGCAUGGAUCCUCUUCAUAGCUAGCAAUGGAACUAUGCAUUGAUCCACUUCAUAGCUUACCAUGGAUCCACUUCAUAGCUAAUCAUGGAACUAUGCAUUGAUCCACUUCAUAGCUAACCAUGGAUCCACUUCAUAGCUAACCAUGGAACUAUGCAUUGAUCCACUUCAUAGCUAACCAUGGAACUAUGCAUUGAUCCACUUUAUAGCUAGCCAUGGAAAUAUGCAUUGAUCCAUUUCAUAGCUAGCUAUGGAACUAUGCAUUGACCCACUUCAUAGCUAGCAAUGGAACUAUGCAUUGAUCCACUUCAUAGCUAGCCAUGGAAAUAUGCAUUGAUCCACUUCAUAGCUAGCCGUGGAACUAUGCAUUGACCCACUUCAUAGCUAGCCAUGGAAAUAUGCAUUGAUCCACUUCAUAGCUAGCCAUGGAACUAUGCAUUGACCCACUUCAUAGCUAGCCAUGGAAAUAUGCAUUGAUCCACUUCAUAGCUAGCCAUGGAACUAUGCAUUGAUCCACUUCAUAGCUAGCCAUGGAAAUAUGCAUUGAUCCACUUCAUAGCUAGCCGUGGAACUAUGCAUUGACCCACUUCAUAGCUAGCCAUGAAAAUAUGCAUUGAUCCACUUCAUAGCUAGCCAUGGAACUAUGCAUUAAUCCAUUUAACCCAAACUGAAUAGGCCAUGAUGUACAAGCUUACUGCAUUUACAUCAUUUUUAUAUUUCUAGAUAAAAUCAUUGUGUAAACAGUUGGUUGUUAACAUGAUACAGUCUUCAGUUUUGAUUGUAUCUCGAUGAAACUUGUACAGUAUCUAGAUAUCCAUUAGAGCUCGGUUCCUCUCAAAAACCAGCCAGAUCGGCCCAUGCAUGCCUAGGUUAUGGCCCUUUAUAGUAUAAAAAAAUGCUAUUGUGUAAACACUAGCUUGUGAACAUGAUACAGUCUUCAGUUUUGAUUGUAUCUCGAUGAAACUUGUACAGUAUUUAGAUAUCCAUUAGAGCUCGGUUCCUUUCAAAAACCAGCCAGAUCCAACCAUGCAUGCCUAGAUUAUGGGCCUUGAAAGUAUUAAAAAAUCAGUUUGUCUGUAAACAAUUGCUUGUGAACAUGAUACAGUCUUCAGUUUUGAUUAUAUCCCCCCCCCCCCGGAUAUUGUCCCGCAAGUGGUUGUUCAAAUUAUGCCCCUUGGGUCAAAACUGGCACUGCCUUGGGUGUCACAAUUUUCCUAGAGACUUAUUUAAGAAAUAUUUUCAAAAUCUUCUUUUUUCAAACCACAAGGCCCAUACCUUUGAUAUUUGUUGUGGAGCAUCAUAUGAUGCAAUAGAAAACAUUUGAAAUAAUGCCCCUUGGGCAAAAGCUGGCCCCACCCCUUUUGACCUACUUAUUAAUUUUUAAAGCUACAGUAAUGAAAUUUUGACCAUGUGAACAGUUUUGCAAACAAUCAUUAAUGUUGUCCUCGGAUGUCCUUGACUUUGACCUUUGACCAACUUUUUAUUUUUAAGGCUACAAAAAUGAAAUUUUGACGAUGAGUACUGUUUUAAAAGCAAAUAUAUCUUACCCUCAGAUUACCUUUACUUGGCACAUAUUAAAAUAGUUCAUGCAACUAAUCUGCUUACAACACUUCCUGUCCUCAGAUGUUGAACGUGCAGCGUUUUCAGCUAACCAAAACACUAAAAGUAAACUAUAUAUUUGUUGCCUAUUACUCAAACGUACAUGCUCUGGAUUGAAAAUGACCACAAGAGCCAUGCCAGUAGAGCAUAGGCCCUUUUGGGCCUCUUGUUUUGUUUUAGCUGGACUAUUAGAAGAAUAAGGAGGCUUUACAACCCAGCCCAGCAUCGGCAAGUAGGCAUUUUCACUUAUAACUCCAAUUCCCUUCAUUCAAUUCACUUAACACAGUUUUAAAGAAACAAUCACACAAUAAGGUUACAUAACUCCAUAUUAUCCUAAAAUAAAAUGGGGCCCCUGAUGGACUUAGGAACUUAGGUACAAGUUUUAUGGCACAUAGUGCCAGGUUAAAGUUUUACAGCAUGUGGGGAUAUUUACUAAUAACUUCUAUACCCUUUAUUUACUUGACUUAAUACUUCACAAGAUUAUUGAUGACCAUCUUACAGGUUACAGAGAACCAUUUCAUCCUAAACACAAAUUAUGGCCCCUGAUUGACUUAAGAACUUGGGUUAAAGUUUUAGGGCACAUUAUGUCUGGUUUAAGUUUAAGGGCAAGUUCGGACUUUCACUAAUUAUAUAUACACCCUUCUUUCAAUUGACUUCAUACUUAAACAGUUGGUUACGACCAUAACUCAAUAUUAACCCUAAAUACAAAUAAUGGCCCUUGAUUUUAUUUGUGAAAAGUGAAACCUGUUUAUUAGAAUGAUGUACACUGAUGUUGGGGCCAGGUGGCAUGAUGACAACUUCAAACUUAGGUAUGGUAUAGAAUAAAUUUAGUUAGGUUUGACCAAUGGUGACCAAACUUAGUAUAAAAGAAGAGUUUAUGGAGACCAAAUGGGAUUGCGUUUGGGGCCCCUAUGGUCAAGGUCACUGUUACUUAAAAUAGAAAAAUGGUAGGUCCUGAAAUUUUUUAGUUAAGGUAGAUAUAUUGCUACCAAACUUGGUAUCCAGAAAGAGUUUAUAGAGACCUUUCAUGGGAUUGCGUUUGAGGCCCCUAGGGUCAAGGUUAUUGUUACUUAAAAUAGUAAAAAUGGUUGGACCUUAAUAGCUUUAGUUUAGGUUGACAUAUUGCAACCUAACUUAUUAUAUAGGAUGAGUUUAUUGAGACCUUUCAUUGGAUUGCAUUUGGGUCCCUUGGGUAAAAUUUAAGGUCACUGUUACUAUUAAUAGAUAAUCAUUCAAUACUGAAGAGCUGUAGUUAAGAUUGAUAUAUUGUGACCAAACUUGGUAUGUUCGAAGUCAUUAUGGUAGACUACCAUUUGAAGCCCCUAGGGUCAAGGUCACUGUUAAUACAAAUGGUAAAUUACUGUUUAAACUGAAUCUCAAAAGGAAGGCCGAAGUUCUUCUGUCAAUUUAAUAUUGAAAACCUGUUUUUAGCUCACCAGAGCACAUCGGUCUUUGUCCGUCCCUCCAUCCGUCCGUUUUACUUAAAAAACAUCUCCUCUGAAACUUCCUGGCCAAAUUCAAUGAACUUUACAGGAAGCUUCCUUGGGUGACCCUUUACACAAAUACAACAAGGGGUCACGAUUGAUCUACAACAACUGCAACAACAACAAAAUGGCUGACUUCCUGUUUUGCUUUAAAAAAACCAUCUCUGAAACUACCUCUCCAAAUUCAAUGAAACUUUACAGGAAGCUUCCUUGGGUGACCCUCUACAAAAAUACAACAAGGGGUCAUGAUUUAUCAACAACAAAAACAACAACAACAUCAACAAAAUGGCCAACUUCCUGUUUUGCUUUAAAAAAAACAUCUCCUCUAAAACUACCAGUCCAAAUUCAAUUUAAACUUUACAGGAAGCUUCCUUUGGUAACCCUCUACAAAAAUACAACAAGGGUUCACGAUUGAUCAACAGCAACAACAGCAACAACAUCAAAAUGGCUGACUUCCGCUUUUGCUUUAAAAAAACUUCUCUGAAACUACCAGUCCAAAUUCAAUGAAACUUCCUUUGGUGACCCUCUACAAAAUACAACAAGGGUCACGAUUGAUCCAACAACAACAACAACAAAAUGGUCAACUUCCAGUUUUGCUUUUAAAAAACAUCACCUCUAAAACUACCCAUUGCCAACUUUGGAGAAAUCCGCUGAAUCGAAAAUGCCUAUAGAGUUAUAUAGGGAAAAUAUGGUUAAACAGUUCUCACGACUUAGUCUAUCAACAGAUCAACUUUCUUCCUACAUAUAUGUUAGGAUAAUUCUUGCCCUUGAAGAUGAUGGUUUUGUAUUAAUUGUAUGAUUUUUACAUUUUGGUCCUUUUUAAGUGUUUUGUUGGUCAUUAAAAGUUACAUUGAAAUAAGAAGGAGCUAAAAAUUGUUUUGCUAUUUAAAAUUAUAAUAGUCAUCCGAUCGCUUAGCUUCCAGCGGAUUUACGAUGCAGAAUUUUUUUCUCUUUCAAAUGCACUUUUCGAAAUAAUGAAUUUUUAAAUAUUUUUUGGUCCUUUUUGAACAUUUAUGUAAAUAUGGUCGACCCCGCGGCGUAUUCACAGCAGGAUAGAAAUAAUCCAUCGGUAAGGUUAUGACACUGGGUAUGACAUGUGCAACGAAGAUUGUCAAUUAUAGAAAUAUUAUUAUUACCAUAACUAUUUCGGAUUUUUCCCCUUUUAUCAUUAUUAUUUAAUUGAAAUUAUGUAUGAUACUCGAUAAUUCAUUUACAUUAGUAGUUAAGAAAUUUCAUAUAUUGUUUUUGUGUAAAAAAAGAAAGUAAUAUAUUUAGCAAAAAUGAUUCCCAAUCACUGUUACAGACAGUUAAAACGUAACACUUUUCUUAUAAAAUAUUAAUGUUUAAAGUUUCAUUGGCAAUUUUUUAAAUACAUAUGGGCUAUGAAACAUAAUAAAUAAGGGUAUUCAAAGAUAGUAGUUUACAGAUCUACAUCUAGUCAACAUGUUUUUUAGUAUUGCUUCAGUUCUAAUUCUUAAUGGUAAACAUUUUGGUCUACCAUUUUGCGCUCAACCAAACAUGUUUAUAAAUUUAGCGUAAAUAUAAUUAUUUUGAUUAGGCAAGAAAUGUCUUACAUGAAAUUUUGUCAGCAUAUUUUUAGUAGGGAGUGCACUUGGUUUUCAUAACGUGUCAAAAUGCCAUUUAAUCAACUUGUUGUUAUGGAAUAAAAGGGUAUACCUGUCUUAUUGUCAAUACAACAUUAAUGACAUUUUACUUGACUUGUAUCGUUAAAGACCGGUACUAAAUGAUAGCAACUGCAGUUAAUAUUUCUUUUUAGCUGUUUCUCUCCGAAAUUACACACCCAAUUUUGUGUUACACUGCUAUUAGAAAAAAUACCAAACUGUUAAAAUAAAGGUGUGGAAAUGGCCCCAAUUAAAUGUCUUGAUAAACGAUCAAUUAUAGAAAAAGACACGGAAUGUAAUUUGUAAAAGAAGUAAUUUUAUCAGAGAUGAUUUGAUAUUUCAGUACUUUAUCAACGAACGUUCCCCCUAUAGAACAGCUCUACCUAAUAAUGGCUAAAUCUAAAAUCGUCCAAAACUGAAAUUUUCUUUCGCAACUUAAAAUAAAAGGAUGGGUCAAAUUUAUGACCCUCAUAAAUUCUGUAUUUCUUAUACAACAAGGCAUUGAGAUUGAUCAACAACAACAACUAAAUGGCCGACUAACUGUUUUGCUUUAAAAAAAUCUCUGAAACUACACGGCCAAAUUCAAUGAAACUUUACAGGUAGCUUCAUUGCAUGACUCUUUCCGAAAAUAAAACAAGGCAUUGUCAUCAGUAAAGAUAUGUUUAAAUUGCAACAUAUUUAUUAAUGCUUUAUCACAGAGUUGUGGCCCUUUACUUAGUUGAGCGUUUUAGGGCCAUCAUGGACCUCUUGUGUUGCAUUGCGGUGUUUGUUAACUUAUUAUUUUGUCUUUUUAUCGCUUUUGACAGUCACAUAUUACAUCAUUUUUGUAUUAGUUUCUAAGACAAAGUUCUGUAUAAUAGAGAGUGCUCUCCUAUGACAGCUAUUGUUUAAAAUUGUUUCUAAUAAAAUUUGUCUUGA